AUGGAGUCUGUGCAACCCAAUUUCGAAUCGGAUCUCCCCACUUAUUUUCCUCUCCAUCUGAGUCUACGCGUCAACACAGAGUUUUCUGCUCACCAGCUACUAAACCAGAUCGACGAUAGACUCGUAAUACUACGCAAGAACACUGAUGGAUUCCUCACAUAUUUGAGUGAAAAUUCCCAUCUUCUCCAAGAUAACAGGUGCAACAAUUACCUCUCGAACCAGCUCCAGGCACUCAAGAAGCUUUUGCUUUCGAAGUACCGUCUUCAGGCGCUCCAAUCAUUGUUGAAGGCAGCACAUCGAGAAUUUGUCGAAAGUCGAAGACAGGAGCUGGACUUGAGUCUUGAUAACUACUACAUAUAUAAAGAUGUGACGAAACAGAACUUUGCAGACAAGAUAGUGGAUGAACUUGCGCAGGAGGAUGACACCAGCUACGAGAGUUUAUUGAAGGGAGACUCGAUGUACCAGUUUUUCAAGAAUGCAUUGUUUGUAGUGGAAAACCCGGAGGAUCCGCUUCCGGACGAGCAGAACGAUGACGAAGUGGCAGUUGCAGGAGGAAAAAUCUCUUUGAAAGAUCCGUUGUCCUUGAAUUAUUUUGUAGAGCCUGUUUCAUCCCGGAAAUGCCAUCACAUCUACGAAAAAAAGCAUAUCAUGAGACAGUUCCAGGACAGCUUGCCUAUAAAUUGUCCUGUGAUUGGGUGUACGGCUAAGCUUCAAGCAGCAGAUCUUCUGGAUGACAAGUUGAUGGCAUUACGGGUGAAGGUCUUUUUGAGCCGGACGAAAAAACAGAGCUUAGUUCGUGUUUAG